UCUGCCAACAUGAACUGGGCGACUCAAGCACGUUGACAAUAUCAUUGUGGAUUUAGUAACUUUCAGAACUUUGAAGAUUUCGAUCUGGUACAGCUGGAGUUACUGUUUUGUUGGAGUUACCCUUUAGGAAGACCUAUUUCACACGGGGAUAAAGAAGAUAAAGGAUAUGUUAAAGCAUAAAAGUCUGGGUGGGGAAAUUUUGACAGUCGGUGCAAUCAUGAGAAGUGGGACGUAUCUCAGGACAAAGAUGUCACAAUAAUAAGGGCCAUAGCUUAGCGCUGAUCAAAAUGAGCUAUAUAUAUAUAUGCAAGAAUAGAAAAAGACGCAGUCUAGCAAUUACCAAGAUAGGGAAAUAGUCAAGCAGUGACCAUGGGUUGAGGAGGAGGAUUGGCUUGCGUGACCAUGGUGGGGAGUAUAUUACGUGGCGAGAGACAGUAUCCAGCGUCACACCUCAACCAACCAACACCAUGACUACAGCAAAGGUGACGAUCUUGGCAAGCCUACUAACUCUCACGCUUGGAGAGACUUCCUACCACUCUGCUCCUAUUCAUCACGGGACAACAAUAAUCCACGAGGGACCAGUCCACCAUGGUGGUUCAGGUUACCAUGGUGGCUUAGGUCUUCAUGGUGGUGUAGGUCUUCAUGGUGGUGGAGGACUUCAUGGUGGUGGAGGACUUCAUGGUGGUGGAGGACUUCAUGGUGGUGGAGGACUUCAUGGUGGUGGAGGACUUCAUGGUGGUGGAGGACUUCACGGUGGUGGAGGACUUCAUGGUGGCCAUGGCCUUCAUGGUGGCACGGUCGUCCAUUCUGGCCCCGUCGUCCAUUCUGGCCCCGUCGUCCAUUCUGGCCCCGUCGUUCAUUCUGGCCCCGUCGUCCAUUCUGGCCCCGUCGAUCACAAGACAUAUGCAAACGCCAAGCCACAAUACAGCUUCGGUUAUGGAGUCAAUGAUGACUACUCUGGCAACAACUUCGGCCAUCAAGAAUCUCGUGACGGCUACAAGACAGAAGGAAAGUACUACGUGAACCUUCCUGACGGCCGUGUCCAGACUGUCAAGUACUACGCAGACGAGACCGGCUACCACCCAGAGGUCUCCUAUGAGGGUGUGGCCCACUACGACUCCCACACUCCCACUUACCACAACUCCGCUCCAGUUCAUGUGUCCGGCUACCACUAACAGUACCUAUUUUUGCCAAAAUUCAUGAUAAUAUAUAAGCAUGCUGAAAUCUCAGAACAUAGUGUAAUAUUUGUUAGUGAUCACUGUAGACUCGAAGCACCGGUCUGGAAUUACAGCGGUCACUUUUACCACUCUUAACUCUAAAGGCACAAAAAAAAAAAUGAUAACUAUCCAAAGAAUCUAGCUUUGAAGAUUACUGCUGCUGCCACGAUUUUGUU